AUGUUUUGCCCAAGGGAUGUUGACCUCAUUAUGAAUGUUCCUAUUCCUAUUUCAAAUGUAGGGGAUUCUAUGUAUUGGGGUAGGGAGGAGAAGGGUUUUUACACGGUUAAGAGUGCGUAUAGGUUUGCAAAGGGGAUUGAGCGAACGGAGAGGGAGUUAGGGUGGACGGGGGUGUGGUAUUUGAAUUUACCUCCAAAAGCUAAAUGUUUUUUCUGGACUCUUUGUUCAAUGUGUCUCCCAACAAAGGAUUUAUUAUAUAUGAAGCGGGUUAAUUGUGAUCAGGUGUGUAUGUUAUGCGGCUUGGCAAAUGAGUCCGUUGUUCACCUGUUCGCGAAUUGCUCUUUUGCUCGUGAUUGUUGGCGUGAAUUAGAUGCUGCAUGGAACUUAUCUUAUGUGGAUUCCCAGUCUUGGCUUGCAGAGAUGUGGAAUGUGCUUUCAAAGAAUAUGCUAGAAAAGGUGGUCAUGGUGUGCUGGGCAUUAUGGGAAAACCGCAACUCACUGUGUUGGAAGAAUACUGGUAUGCCACCUAUAACAGUAGUUCAACAUGCAUUAGCAUUUUAUGAAAAUUGGAAGAAAGUGACAGUAGCUACACAUGAAAGUGCACUUAUUUCUAAUACUGCUGUUUUGGACUCGACAAGUUGGUUGCCACCGCCACCAGGAUACUUGAAACUAAACAUUGAUGUGUCGAUGGCUGUGCAUCACCGGAGAAUGGGUUUUGGCUGGGUUUGUCGUGAUGAGACGGGUAUUGUGGUUGGAGUGCGCAUGAAUAGCAUGAUGGGCCUAUAUUCGGUUCGGGAAGCGGAAGCUAUGGGGGCGAGGGAAGUUUUGAGUUGGAUAAAGUUGAUGGGUUGGGAGCGGGUGAUCCUCGAAACUGAUGCCCAGAUUGUUACUAGAGCGGUACAAGGUGGUCUAGAUUUCUCUCCGUUUGGGACUAUUAUUCAUGACAUUAGACUUUUGUUGAAAUCUUUACCGUAUGUUUGUUUUGUUUUCGCUAAACGUAGUAGUAAUAUUGCCGCUCAUUCUGCGGCAUAUCAUGCUUCUUGUAAUACUGAGGGAGGUCCUGUUGUGUUUCUGGAUUCCAGCCCUCGGUUUCUUUCUGGUGUUGUUUGA